AUGACAUCGUCGUCAUCGUCCCAUGCCACGGGCAACGGCGGUGUGCCUUGCGGGAACACGGUGGAGAAGAUCCAGCGCUUCCUGGUGGACGCCCUGGAGGCGGAUGUCUUCGUCACGGGGCCCACCUUGGAUUCCGAGACCUGGCUCCCGAGCCUGGUGCUCUUCGGAAGGAGCCUACAGCAGAUACGGCUUGAGAAUGAAAACGUCACUGCGGCUCUGUAUAGUCAAGGGGCCAAGUCGCCGUUUUUGCCCGGGGCUUUGCAGAUCAGGGGCAACUGGCUGGGAUGUUUGGAGCGUGAAAGGCCUGAGAAUCAGGGCAAAGACAUGCGCCGCAAGGGCAGCGGAUUGUGCCUCAUCUAUGGGCAGAAGCAGUGCAUGCUGAUGAUUCAGGACUGGGAGGCGAAGAACAGUCACCGCUACCAGCGAGUGGUCUUCAGCCGUCCGGAUUUUCAUUGGACGGCGCCUCAUGUGCCGCCAAGCUUUCUGUCCAUGGAGCACAUUUGGAUCAUGGAUGGGCAGGACAACGGCGGCCUCAACGACCGCCACUGGAUCUUUCCAAGGAGCCUCAUGGAGAUGAUGCUGGGGGCCUGGGACAGCAUUUUGGAUGGUGUGGUUCUUCAAAUGCAGCAGGCGAUGCCUUCGCUUCCGUGGUGGGGGGCUGAAACCUUCUUUGGUCUGCGGCUCUUGACGUUGGGCUUCACCCAGCGGAUCCGACGCGUCCCGGUGCCGGCCUACCUUGAGUGUUCCAACCGCUACAGUCGCAAGGACAUUGACACCAGCGCCCUAUCCUUGAACGACACGGGCCGCUUGAGCGAGUGGAAACUUCGCUGUCCGCUGGGAGGGCCCAAGUACAAGCACGAGCACGAAGAGGCGCUGAGCUUCGCGAGGUGCUUUACGGAGACCUUAAGCGACCGCUGGUCCUGGCGAAUGCUGUGGGAUUGCUGGUGUGAUGCCAAGUAUCGAAGAGGAAUGUUGCAGUACUUGGAGUAUGACCUGUGCCAAAGUGCGCUGGAAGAGAUUGUCUUCUCAACGGCUGCGGAACGAACCAUGGAAGAGGCGCCCUCGGUGGAACAUAGCGCCAACGGAACAGCGCUGGGGCAGACCCGUGAGGAGUGCCAGGAGAUCCUCAUCGAAGCUGCCAAGGAGGAGCCGCCUGGGUGUAGCAUGUUGGGUGUCCAAGGUCCCAAGGGCGGUCGUGCAGCUGUUCUUCGUGCGCUGGUGCCGAGCCCGGAAACGUCACCGGUGGCGCUGGAGCUCAUCCACCGAGUUUGCUGUUUCCUCCACGAGAAUCCUAUGCUGUUAGCAACCCAAAACGGGUACAGCCAUGCCGGCAGCCGAGGGGCGCCAAACUCAUGGCAGAAAGCGCUGCAGCUUUUCCGAGCAGCCCAUGUUCCCCAGGAAAUGGAGACGCUGCAGGCAGCCCUGAGCACAUUGAUGUCCAGCUGUUACAAAGCAGAUGCCUGGCAAGAAUCCUUGUGGAUUUUUCAGGCCAUUUGUCGCUACAGACAGCCGCUGGAUGAGAUCGCUUAUUGCAACAGCAUCAAUGCCCUGGACCGUGGCAAUCGAUGGCAAGAAGCGAUUCAGCAACUGCAGGACAUGGAUUCCUACAGUUUGAGACGCAAUGUUUUUGCCUAUAGUGCAGCGAUCUCCUCCAUACGAGGCUCGGAGUGGCAGCAAGCCAUUGGAGCGUUGGCCCAGCUCCAGUCGGAGGCGAUUCUGCCAAACACCGUCGUUCUCAACUCGGCCAUCGCCUGUUGCGAAGCUGCGGCAUGGCGCGUGGCCGUGGCCUUGCUGGAGCAGAUGUGGCGGAUGCGCUUGGAAGCCUCGGUCGUGACUUUGGGCUCCGUGGUUGCUGCCUGCGGACACGGCCAGCAGUUAACCGCCGCCUUGGACGUUUGGCAUGAGUUGAAAGACGUGCGGUCGCUUGAACCAGGCCAUGAAGCGUGGUGUGCCUUGGUCACGUGCUGUGAACGCUGUGGCAAUUGGCAGAUGGCGCUGCAGAAGAUGGAGGAAUCCAGCUUACGGAAUCCCAUCAUCCUCAGCAGCGCCAUGGGCGCCUGUGUGACUGCCCAGGAGUGGCAGCGUGCCUUGCAGCUCUUCCACUCUGCACAGCACCCGGACCUGGUUCUCUUCGGCGCUGCGCUGCGGGCCUGGGAGGCCUCGUCCCAAUGGGCCUCGGCGCUGCACGUCCUCGGCGACGUGGUUUCCCAGCGGCUGACGCCCAACGUCAUCCUGCGAUCGGCGGCGAUCAGUGCCUGUGAGAAGGAGAGCCAGUGGGAAAGUGCAAUGAGCAUCUUCAGGGCCAUGUCACUGGACGAGUUGCGCCCUGAUGCGGUGGCCUACAGUGCUACCAUGAGUGCUUGCGAAAAAGCCUGGCAGUGGCAACAGGUCCUGUUGCUUCUGACGGAAAUGAAGUGCAAUGAAAUCGUUCUGAACAGCUUCUGUUACAAUGUUGCCAUCUCGGCCUGUGCGGGGCGUGCCUUCGAUGUGGCUCAUGGCCUCUUCCAAGAAAUGCAUUCUCAGCAGAUGCUGCCAGACAUUGUGACCUACAGUGCCAUGGUGACCUGUUGUGAGAAAAGUCACGACUGGCAGAUGGCCCUGGUGUUCAUGCAGCAAAUAAAGGCGAGUCGCUUGCAGCCAAACAUUGUGAGCUAUGGUGCAGCCAUCAGCGCCUGCGAAAACCGCAUUGCAUGGGAGCCAGCCUUGGCGUUGCUGGCGGAUGCCAAGGAGGAUCUGGACAUCUUGAACGAAUUCAUUUUCAGCGCAGUGAUCAGUGCAUGUGAGAAAAGCAGUCGCUGGCAACGGGCGGUUCUGCUUUUCGAGGAAGCGAAGAGAGAAGACCAUGCCUCCCUUUGGGUGUAUAACAGCCUGUGCAGUGCUUUUGAGAAGGGCCAGAAAUGGCGAAACAUUUUGGAGCUUCUCUCAGGUAUGCAACGGGACGCGGUCCUUCCGGAUUCGGUCACCUACAACGCGGUGCUGGCAGCACUGCGCCGCGCCACGGAGUGGCAAGGGGCCUUGGAAGUGCUCCAGCACUGUGAGGAUGCGGAUGCUAUCGCCUUGGCUAACGCCAUCGACGCCUGUGCCAGCGUCGCGUCCGCGGCUUCGAAGCUGCCGCGGCUCUGUCACUGGCUGGGGCGCUCCGUUGUGCCGCAGCUUCGCUCGUUGGUGGAAAAGGAGCUGGAAAACGGUGCUGGUGAACGACUUGAACGCCUCGAGGCCAUGUUGGAACGGAUGGGGCACGGCGAGGUCUUUCAAGAGGAAUGUGAGGAGGGCAAACGCUAUGUGCUGGGCUAUGUUGAAGGUUUGGAACCGUCCAAAUCGGCGUUCCACAAUCCAAAGACAUACCCGUGGAGUUGCGAAUUGCAGAGGCACUGGAUGGAGAUCCAGAGCGAACUCCAGGGACACCUUGAGGGCGAGGUGUGGGAACUUGGUCCCUAUGCCGCGCCGAACAAGCAGUAUGCCCCCGAAUGGAAGAUCGCCAAAAUCUUCACAGCCGACCACUGGGAGGACCGCUUCCCCACCACACAGCGUAUCAUACAGAGGCGCCUCGGUGUCCUGGGCAGGGCAAGUGAUGACAUAUGGCAACUGGGCAACUGA